GGCAGCGAUCCGCCAUCAACAAGAAGAAGACGACUCAGCUUCUCCUAAGUCGUGUAGCGACCGUCGAGGAAGUUUGAUCGCUCUUUCUUACUCCUUCUCACUUUAGCUCGUUAUUGUCAGUUGUGAUUUUUAGGUAUUUUCACAUUUUUUUUGUAACAGAAAAAAGACCAUUGACACCAUGUCCUUUGUCCCCGGACAGCCGGUGACUGCUGUUGUGGAAAAAAUUGAGAUCCAAAAGUUGCGUCAAGGACCAAACCUGAUUCUGGGGUUCAGCAUCGGAGGAGGGAUCGACCAGGAUCCCGUUCAGAACCCGUUCUCUGAGGACAAGUGUGACAAAGGCAUCUAUGUGACCAGAAUCACACCCAAAGGCCCAGCGGAUGUGGCCGGCCUGAGGAUGGGUGAUAAAAUCAUGCAGGUCAACGGCUGGGACAUGACCAUGGUGACCCACGACCGGGCUCGCAAGAGGCUGACAAAGAAGAAAGAAGAUGUGGUGCGCCUGCUGGUCACCAGGAAAUCCCUGCAGGAUGCCGUCAGCAAGUCAAAGGGUCAAUACCACGCUGACGACGACAAGGAAGAAAACAGCACCACAUCACAGUGGAAGGAGCAACAACACCGCCCCCCCUAUGGAGAGGACAAGGCUUCUUAUUGAUAAACGACAUGCCACCGUCUUGUAUUCCAAAGAUGAUCGACACCAGGCUUCGCUACACGUUUUAAAAAAUCAACCAUGGCGCUCUGCCGACACCUUCUAUACGAAUAAGAUGACAACCGUGGGCUCACCCCCAGCUUGCAAUCUACAGGCUAAUGUCUGCACACUCUACACUCACCAAUGACAAUGUAAGCAGUUAGCCUGCUCGUCAUGCUAGCAUGCUACAUAAGCUCUAUCCAUAUAAUGCCAAGCCCUUCCUGGCAUGACAUAUAGCAGCUUGUCUUUACCUCAAUAACAGGUAAGGAAAAAGCGCAAACAUGCACGGAUCUACUGUAUUGUUAUCAUAUUUAACCAAACAUUAUUUACAGAGCGCCACUGGCUUUUCAUGCUACACAAAUAUCAUAUAUGAUAUCAUUUGUGGAUGAUACAGCGAGGAUAUGCAUAUAAUGCAUCAUAUGCAUUGUCUGUAUCCUGCAUUAUAUGUGUUGCUGUGUUGCCACGGUGAUGGAGGAUGCGUUCCAACUCCAUUUGAGUGAGAUCUUUUCUCAACUAAGCAUUGAAUUUAUUCCUUCAUUCCUCAGAGCUGUGAAACUGAAGUCGUAGCAAUCCUGACGUAGGAUGCUAAUCAUGUGCGUCCUUGCAAUCAAACUACUGGGAUCAAGAUUUUGAAAACAAACACUUGGUGUGAAGAUACUCUUGGGUGGUCCACCCCCCCCCCCCCCUUCCACCCAAGCAGCUUUGGAAAAAUACCAAUCUUUUCUAUUUCUACUUUUGAUAAACUUCUUCCCUUGUUUGGCAUUAAAAACACACAAAUAUGAAAUAUGCCUUGUUGCUUUGUUGACACG